AUGUCAAAAACGGCACAGGUUGAUCGCUAUUUGUGUGAGGAGGAUUCAGAAAAACUCGUCAAAAGUGCUCGCUCAUUAGAAGUGCAACUAGUGGACACCCGCGAAAUCCUACGGACACGUCUACGAGAGUGUACAAAGGAUUGGGAUAGAGAAGAUACCACAAGAAACGCUCUUCCAGUGGAAGACUACUGGAAUUUGGCACAUCACAUAGCCAGACGAUGGCACCCCGAAAGCGUAGACUGCUUGGGAGGUCUCCAGCCAUUGUUGCAAAAGUAUAAACGACUUCUUCUGGCUGUGGAAAAUCGGAAAGUUCAUGACGAAGAAACAAAAGCUGGCCUCAACGCAUUCCUGAGUAGUAGCCAAAUUCAGGAAUUACAGCAUAUGCACGAGUACGGUGACAGCGAUGCAGUUGAAGAAGCGCUCGAUCAGUACUUUGAAGGCCUUCCAUCUACACGACGAAAUGCACUCAUGAACGAAUUUCUUGAUUAUAAGUCUAGACGCGUCGCCAGGGAAGUACGAACUGCAGUAAUACCUGAUGAUUAUGAAGAAGAAGUACUCGAUCCCGAAGAACUGAAACCCGAAUGGCUCGCUUGGCAAACACCCCGACAUAAAAAUCUUAUCAGUAAAAUGAUCAUCGGUAAAGCAAACAAAUGGGAAGUGAUGAACGAAAUUGGAGACCAAUUCUAUCAUUUACGGAAAGAAAUUCGGGACCAGUAUAAACCGAGAUUGCAAGAGUACUGUAUAAAAAACGUGAAAAACGUGAUUGGAGAAGAAAAUUUCAACGUUAUCCGUGGUAUGUACUUGGACACAGACCCCAUAGAGCAGUUGGAAACGAAAUUUAAUCAACUUGUCGCGGAACUGCCAGAAGAACGGGAACGCUUAUUAGCAGGUAUCAAAUGA